CCGGGGCGGCGCGGCCAUGGAGCCGGGCAUGGAGGAGCUGAUGCCGCGGCUGCUGCCCGUGGGCGACUGUGACCUGGCCGAGGACUUCGACCCCACCGUGCCUCCCAGGACGCCCCAGGAGUAUCUGAAGCGUGUCCAGAUUGAAGCAGCUCGAUGUCCUGACGUGGUCGUGGCGCAAAUAGAUCCCAGAAAAUUGAAAAAGAAGCCGACAGUAAACAUUUCAAUUUCUGGAUGUCAGCCUGCUCCUGAAGGAUACUCUCCAACGCUCAAGUGGCAGCAGCAGCAAGUGGCCAAUUUCUCAGCUGUUCGUCAGAGCCUGAACAAGCACAGGAAUCACUGGCGGUCACAACAUUUGGACAGCAAUGUUACUAUGCCAAAAUCAGAGGAUGAGGAAGGCUGGAAGAAGUUCUGCCUCGGGGAAAGAGUAUACUCAGAAAUAGAUGCACUAUCUGAUAAUGAAAAUUUAGGAAUUGAUUACUUGAAGGUGGGCUUUCCCCCUUUGCUAAGUAUUGUAAGCAGGAUGAAUCAGGCAACAGUAACCAGUGUCUUAGAAUACCUGAUAAGCUGGUUUGGAGAGAAAAAAUUUACUCCAGAACUGGGUAGAUGGCUUUAUGCACUGUUGGCAUGCCUUGAAAAACCUUUGCUACCUGAAGCUCACUCCCUUAUUCGACAGCUGGCGAGACGAUGUUCAGAAGUCAGGGCACUGGAGGAGAGCAAGAAUGAAGAACAAAUAUCAGCUCUGAACUUGAUAAUCUGCUUAGUUAGUAGGUACUUUGAUCAACGUGACCUGGCUGACGAGCCUUCCUAGGCUGUUUUGAGAACAUCCAGUAUUUUGCAUUGCCACAGUACAGAGAGCAUUAUCAGAGUUAACAGCAAGACACUGCACUGUUCGGACCUGGAGUAUUACACAAUCCCUUCAGAACACCCUCACACUAAUGCAUUUGGGACAGCUGUGAAUAACUUCAGCUGAGUUUUAGCUGAGAUUGUCAGCGUCUCCAAUACCAUCAUCACCAUCAUUGUAAAGUGGUAACAAGUGUCCAGCAUCAUCUCUCAAGCUCCUGUCUUUGUAAACUACAUUCUUGGUUAGAAAUUUCUACAAUCUGAGUAAUCUAUGGACACUGCUAUUAGGUGAAGUCUGAGGUUACAUUACAAAUUAUUAUUCUUUUUCUAACAGACUUAUUGAGGACUUUUUUAAUAAAACUAAAGAAUUUUAAAGAC